CAGCAGUUGGGUGCCCUCCACUGCCUUCUAGAACCCACUACCCCCCUGCCCUGAGAAGUCACCCACUCGAGAGGCAUGGCAUGGCCCACAGAGGUUGGGCUUGUUGCCGAUUAGCCGUGAUCAUUGGCGUUUUGCAGGAGACACAGAUUUUACCGUCGGUUAUACCAGCGCUGAGUGGACAAGCCACAGGAGAUCCUAGGCUCCUGCUUCUCAGUCUGGAGUGUCCCCCUCUUAACCUUGACAUUCAAGAUGGUGGCAGUGUCUUUCAGUGGUUGAAUUGGAAAAUGGGGAUUUUUGGAGACACUUUAUAGUUACUAGACCAAGUAAGCCACCAAGUAUGCCUCUCCUACAUUUUCAGGAUCAAGAUCAAGAUCAGUUCAAGAUCUUGAUCUUGGAUCUUCAUGAGCUUUAGCUAAUCUAUGACUGCAUUGCCAUAGAUAUUCUUCUGAUGCCCAUCGAACUCUGUGCUUGGAACCUUCCAGAGGAGAAUGGGCAAGUCUUCUUGGUUCCUUGCAGUUUCCCGGGGAAAGUGCUCCUGUGGCCAGAAGGGAGGAGGAAAGUGAAAAUCCCCAAAGGAGCAGAGAGGGAAGGGCAUUCUGGGGAUUGCGGACCUAGCGCAGGGCUCCCUAUGGGUGGCACUCAGUGAAUAACUAACUGCAGGCUAUCUGAUGACAUGUCACACAUUAGGAUUGGUUUCCUAUGUUCGCGUGGCCAUUCUGUGCAAGUUGAGGGCACUUGUCACAGGUAAUGUGCAUGUGUGCAUUUAGGGUCUGAAUUCCAUGUGCAUCAGGGAAGGAGGGGUCCCUGAAAGCUUGCUGAGUGCCCACUCUGUGCCCCGCCCUGAGCUGCGACCAGUAGAGGCUGCAAAGGAAGGAAGGUCACAGCCAGAGGACACGUUUCUAAGACUAAGAGCCAUUCAAGGACUCUGAGGUCACUGUGCCAGCUUAAGGGUCUGGGCCUUGAGCUGAGGGCUCACAGAAGGGGAGCUCCCUGGUGUGGCCUCACCAGGGCUGGAGGAGGAUGCUGGCCCUGACUCCUCCCCACUGGGUGCUCACCUGGACCUCAAGGAAACAGGAGGAAUUUCUGAGCCCAGCUGGAAGGAAACCCGGCCUUGUGCUCUUGGGGGUGUGAUGGAAGGGGUGUCUCAGGUCUGGGGCACUGUGAGCGAGCAGGGGUCUCAUUUCUGGAAGUAUCUGUGGCAUCUUUGGCACCACUGGGAUAGGUAGGAGGGGGCAUGGUUCCGGGGGGAGGGGGCUCUCAGCCGAUCCCUGUCCCCGGUGGCUGUGCUCUCUGUGCCCUUCAUUCUCUGACCAGCCCUAGGAACAGAACCUAACAAAACGAACAAGGAAGCAGCGGGCGCGAAGAAAAGCAGAAGUGGAAACCUUGGAGACUUGACCCUCCUCCGUGAAGGGGCCGGAGCCGCCGGGCACGUCUGUGCGGAGGAGAUGAGCCUGUGGCACCAGGCUGCGUGGCUGCUGUGGGCUCUGCUGCUGCUUGCCUGGGUCCCAGGCUGUUCGUCUAUAAGUGGCCCCACCUCCGUGUCAGGCCCCGUGGGGGGAUCCCUGAGUGUGAAGUGUUCAUAUGAAGAGCGGUUAAGAGAAUAUCCCAAAUACUGGUGCAAACCGGCAUGUUUCCGGAAGAUUGUGGAGACCAAAGAGUCGGACAGAGAAGUGAGGAGUGGCCGCGUGUCCAUCAGGGACCAUCCUGCAAACCUCACCUUCACAGUGACCUUGGAGAACCUCGUAGAGGAUGAUGCAGGAACAUAUCGGUGUGGGGUCGAUACAUUCUGGUUAGGAACUUUUGGAGAGCCCACCCUCACCAUCGAGGUGUCUGUGACCCCAGCAACAACGUCCACCCGCCCCGCAAACACCAUUGUAACCCAGAUCUCAACAACCACAGCUGGAAUUACGACCACACCAUCCUCAUACGCAUCCACUGUCUCCAGCGCCGUGGGAGCCACCCACAGUGCGAGCAGCCAGAAGGAAUUCCAGCAGAGCCAGGGCCUGGGGCUCCAAGUACUGCUCUCCUUGUUGGCACUUCUGCUGCUUCUGCUGGGGGGGAGCUUGUUCCUGGCCUGGAGGAUGCUUCGCAAGCGCAAGCAGGUCAAAGCUGGCGAGAACCCAGAGCCACUCCGGGCCCCUAGUCAGGAUACGCUGCAAAGUGAGCCCUAUUAUGCGAAUCUGGAGCUGCAGAUGUUAACACUCCAGGGGGAGCCCGCACAGCCGAGGCAGGAAGAGGUGGAAUACAGCACUGUGAAGGCUCCGGAAGAGCUUCACUACUCCUCGGUGGCAUUUGACUCCCAGAGUCAGGAUUCUAAGGCCAAAGAGACUCGCUCCCAGAGGACCCUGGAACAAGAACCAGAGUACAGCGCGAUUAAGAAGACCUAGGCCUGUGUCUCUGGCCCCAUCGUCUGGAGGUCUCUAUGGGCCACAGGCCCCCUGGGCCCUCACCCAUGUCCCCCUCAGCCUCUUCGCCUCGACGGUCACCAGCAAGGCGGCUGGGCUCCCUCAGGCUGUCCCUUUUGUGCCAUCGGCCUGGCUGGCUUCCUUGGGGAGGAGCGGGAACGGGGACCUGUAGAGAACCCCCCACCCCCCCACCCAGCUCCCGGCACAUCCUUCCUCUUUGUUUCAUUCCAGCCACGCAGAGGCUCAGUCCUGUGUGGCUCCAGGAAAAGACAUGACCCAUGUAGGAUGGUACCUAUGAAUACCUUCUAAAUCACAGCUCCGUGGAAGUGUAUGGGACUGUGGUGGCUGGGGUGGGGGUGGGGGGCACUGGCAGAGAGGCCAGGAGAAUGCAAAGGCCCUGAGGAUCGAGUCUUCCUGGUCUCACAGGAAAGGACCCUGAGGCCCAGAGGGAGCAGAAGCUUGCCCAUAGCUCCAGGACCAAGAGCACGUUUCCCUGGACUCUUGGAUAACUUUAUUUUUAAUACUCAGACAUAUCGACAAAAUUUAAAAUCUCUUGAGAGAGAAGAAAAAAGUUAUUCAAGCGAUGGCUGCUAUAUGUCUGCAACCUCUAUUAAAGAAAGCUCUUUCCUUUUGAAGGCUGAAUAAUAUUCCAUUGUGAGUAUAUAUCACACUCUGCUUAAUCCUUUUACCCACCAACGGACACUUGGUUUGUUUCUGUUUUAGAUACUGUGAGUAUGUUGCUAUGAGCAUAGUGUAUAAAUAUUUCUUUGAAACCUUUCA